AGACCACGACAGCCUCGAAUAUACACCUUCGCUUCCCGGAGCAACACCUCGAUGCUCUUGCUCCCCUCAAGGGACGUUGACCCCACACUCACGCCAAUAUAUAACAUCUCCGUCACCUUGAACCUGAACCCGUUCGUCCCACUCUCGUACGUCACGACUGUCCGGAGGGGACGAGACGAAUCAGGUGAAUUGGUGGGCGAAUUCGAGUUAGGCGUCAUGCAUAGCCGUGCGACCUUGAAAUUGAACAACAGUGCGACGCGCAUGUCGACGGUCUUAAAGAAGAGUGGCCACUCCCCGCGCAAGUUCACCUGGGAUUGUGCCGGCGUCGCGCUGCGUUGGGACUGCCGGACAACACUCGACGAUGGCUCGCCCAUGUGUAUCUGCUCUGACGUCGAUUCGCACCAGAUCGCGUCCUUCGUACCCCCACCGCCAGAUCCUCCCCAACCGCCGCCGGCUGCGACGUUGACAGUCUUUCCGGAUGGGCACGAACUCUUCGACCAUAUCCUGAUAUCCGCGCUAGUCAUAGACCGCAAGAUCACGCUGUCGUUCUGA